CCAGAGUAUCCGCCCUCUCCCUCUCCAUCACCUACAAGGCUCCCCUCAUUUACUGCCAUCUCGGGUGCCUACUGCCACCUUUCGUCUUCCCAUCCACUUGCACACCACCACCACUAGCCACCGCCUGCAUCCUGACUGCCAUGGCGACAGCCAGCUCCGAUAUCGUGCGGCUUUAUCUUCGAGUCCACAACCGGGACGAAACCGUCGAGUGGCCGAAAGCGUCCACCACGGAAGAAAUCAAGUCGGUGCUGCUGACCGCCGCCGACGUUCCGUCGACCCUCACCAAGGACGUCGUGCUGAAGCUGACGCAGCAAAACGGAUGUCUCGUCUCCAUCGGUCCCAAACUCACCUCAAACACCCCACACACACGAUACACCCUGCAAGUCGUCUCCGAGAAGCUAAAGUCGGGCGCGGAGGAUUCCGUCAAUCCCGACGAGCUCGUCAAUACGGUCGCGAAGCUCAAGGGCCAGAUCGAUAGCGUCAGCCAAGUUGCCAAGCUUGCCCACCCUCAUAAGGGCCCCAACGCCAUGGUUCGACGGGCACCCAACAUCGACCCGCGAUACGCCGACCGAGCCAAAUACGUCUUCACCGAGGAGACCAAGGAGUACCUCAAGCAGUGCAGCUUCGACAACUGGCAAUGGGAGGAGAACGAAGCUCUGGCUCUGCUGGAGCUCAUGUUUGACGACAUGGGAUUGAUCGAGGAGUUCAAGAUCGAUGUCGCGACCUUGAAGCGUUUCCUGAGGGGCAUCAAGGACAACUACAACGCCAAUCCCUUCCACAACUUCAAACACUGCUUUUGUGUGACUCAGAUGAUGUACGGCAUCAUUCAUACAACAGAGAUUGUCCACAAGCUCAAGCCUAUCGACAAGCUAGUGCUCCUGAUCUCCUGCAUCGGCCACGACUUGGACCACCCAGGCUACAACAAUGCAUACCAAAUCAAUGCGAAAACCGACCUCGCCAUCAUCUACAACGACACCUCGCCGCUCGAGAACCAUCAUGCGGCCGUGCUGUUCACGCUCCUGCGAGCCCCCGAGACCAACAUCCUCAGCAACGUGCCCGACGCAGUCUUCCGCGAGAUCCGCAAGGGCACCAUCCGAUGCAUCCUGGCCACGGACAUGGCCAAGCAUGGCGAGAUCAUGACGGCCUUCAAGAAGCACGUGGACAACUUCAACAUCGAAGAUCAGGACCAGCGAAACCUGCUCGUUCAAAUGAUUAUCAAAUGCGCGGACAUUUCGAACGAAGUUCGUCCGACCGAGGUUGCCGAGCCUUGGGUUGACUGUCUCCUGGAAGAGUUCUUUGCCCAGUCUGACCGCGAAAAGGCCGAGGGGCUUCCCACGGCCCCAUUCAUGGACCGAGAGAAGGUCACCAAGGCCGGUGCUCAAGUCGGAUUCAUCGGAUUCGUCAUGAUUCCGCUGUACGAACUGACUGCCAAGGUCCUGCCGAACAUGGAGGCUGCUAUCAUCCAGCCCAUCCGACAGAGCCUGACCUACUACAAGGAGAUGCUGGAGAAGACAGAGGGGAAAAAGUAGUAUUGCGCACUCGCCUAUGCUGGAUGUCAUCCGCCUCCGCAGUGGCCUCCCCUCCUCUUUCUUCUUCUUCUUUCUCUUCCAUUCUCCUCCGCCGUAUUCUUCGUCCUGCUCCUCCUAUCCUUAUCCUGCUCCACCUGGCUCAUGAUCUAGUUCUGCCUGUUACCGUGAGCCUCUACCGGCCAGGCCAACUCAGCGAUUUUUCUCUUUGGUGUUCUUUGACUUUCUCCCGUCUCUCUCCUCUCCAACUUCCAACUUCCUACCUCGACGCUUGGCUCACUCAUUCACCUCCCUCUCUCCACCACGCUCACCGUCUCUCCCGCUCUCUGGUUCCGCACGAGGGACUGAUCGAGGUCGGCGCAAGUCCUCAUGCCUCGAUCUUGCACCCUUUUUGCCUGCCAUAUUAUCCUCCGUCUCCUCCCCAUCUACAAGUGAAUACAAGCGCCUUUGUCAAUCGGUG